CGGAAGUGAAAGAAGCACAUUCAGCACAUGCUAGUAGCUGGUGCAUGUGAUGCUUUUGCAAUGGCAAGUAGUCACGCAACAUCUAACCGUUGCUAAAUCAACGAGCGUUGUCUAUACUUGACAUUGUCGGAUUUAACUAUUCAUUAUACAUUUAGUGAAGAAACAACAGCUUGUCGGCUAGCCAGCGAUGAGCCCUACUCCAACCCUAAUCUACUCCUCUCUUGACAGUGUACAUUUUGAGACUUUGCUACAGGUGAUCACUUCCCAGGGAUCCCCCCGAUUCCCCUGUACGAUCUUCUUCAGCAAAUUUGGGAAGAGUUACAUUUUUUGUAAUUUGCAGCAUAGCGUUACACGCAAUGAUCGGGACAGUCAUUUGUAUAUUUAAAUCGAUCGUUUUAACGAGUUAAAACCGAGGUCGUUAUGAAAAUGUAAUCGUCGCCGGUUGUAGCCUAGAUCCUACAGACAUUAAGAGGCUGGGACGGUGGGAGAACACAUGUAUAUGGUUGUCUGUAGUAGCUGGGGGGCAUGGAGAAUGUUACUGGUCCCUGUGAUGACGGGGAUGAUGUUGUAGGACACAGAAGUCAAAAUGAUGUAUUCGUGACAACGGGCGCGAUGGAUCCAGUCCAAAACGAAUCCACCUCCACACCGCUUGCCAAAGAUAUCCCAACGGAGAGGAAGACAAGGGUGAAAAGGGAGAGAAGAAAAAUGCUGAAGAAAAAAUCCCCCGUCAUCGAUCAUUCACCAGCCUCGGAGGGCUCUGCUGCAUCAAAACAAGGACUCACAGAGUCCGAGUCGAGCCAGAAGAAGAUGAAGAGGAAGCUAGGGGACUCCGGAGCCCGUGUGGACAGCGAAGAGGAGAAGAAGACGAAGAAGCAGAAAGGGAGCCAGCGCCCAAACUACUUUGUCUCUAUCCCCAUCACCAACGCUCAGAUCAGUGCAGCUGUUGUUGAGGUCCAGGAGUCGGUGCUUCAACAGGAGCCCCGAUUGGUCAAAGCGAUGAUCCCUGCCCCCACUUUGCACAUGACCCUAUUGGUCACUCAUCUCGCCAGUCAAGAGCAAAUAAGCCUUGCAGCUACCGCGUUGGAUAAGGCCAUGCCCUCAUUGGCCGAGCUCCUGGUGGGGCGGGCCUUGGUGCUGCCCUUCUCUGGGGUCGGUCACUUCAGAAAGGAGGUUGUGUUUGUAGGGCUGGCCCCGGGACAACACAGGGACACGCUGGAGAAGCUGGCAGAGGUUUUGCAGAGGUGUUUUGAGGAGCAGGGUCUCCUCCAGGGAGAGUGCCGUGGGUUUGAACCCCACCUAACUAUUAUGAAGCUUUCCAAGGCACCCAAACUACGCUCCCAGGGCCUAAAAAGAGUUAAUCCUGAUUUGUUCUCCAGCUAUACGGACAGGUUCUUUGGAGACCAGAGGGUUGAUCGGCUGGAUCUCUGCUCCAUGUUGAAAAAGAAGCAGGAAGACGGGUAUUACCACACCGAGAGCUCCCUCCAGUUAGACUUGGUUCGCAGCCCACUCACUCGUUCCAAACGCACAAGUGGCCGCCAGCAUCAGGAGCCCAGUGAGGCGGAGCUACAGAGGGUGAGCAAGCGGUUAGUCGAGGACGCCGUCAAUCGCGCCCUGAACCAAUACAAACAGGAGACGUUGCAGAACGGGGGUGGACCUAAUACGGCAGCCGUGCCGCCCCCGGAAAACACUAAGGAGAGCACGGCAAAGCUGGACACGAGCGCCAACUCCACCACAGAGAGCAGGAAGUGAGCGCAUCAAACUGGGAGGAGGAGACUGAAGAAAAGAAAACAAGGGAGCCAAGAGAAACAGUCUGCCAGCCGGGGCUACCUAGGAGGUCAACGGUCAAGCACGUGCUAGGGUGGCGCUAGAGGAACGAUCUGAACUUCUUGCAAGCAAACCAACGGCUCCGCCUAGUUCAUUGACCAUCUAAGCUAGCGGAUGACACUAGCUGUGGCCAGCGAAAUAGUAAGACUCAGCCACUCAGACCAUUCCAGUUGAAUGAGAAAAUGUAUCCGUGUAUGCUGUCCCCUCAUGCUAACAGGCUAAUUAUCCAGUCGUGUCAGCUGCCCAAUAGGAAAUGAUUGAUUGAUUGAUAGAUUGAUUUCGUUUUUCGGCAGCACGGAUUCAUUCAGUGCAAAAAGUUUAUGAGACAACAGCUCGGUAUGAGUUCUGUUCAUUGUGUUUGCACUUCAAUGCACCACAUGGACAACAUGUGAUACGAUUCCUACAGAUCAUCUUUCGUUUUGAAUAAGUCCUGAAAAAACCGAAGGUUUUUUAUGGAACUUGUUGGUUGUUUUUGUUUUUUGUUGGUAUAAACUGUCUUUGUCUUGAAACAUGUGAUUCCCCACAUAGUACACUAGGAGAUUUGAUAAACAAAAGCGGAUGUCAUGGAGUGCCCGGAAGGAUAUUGUACUGUUCGGUACUGCAUUUCCUGGGACAAGGUGACUACUGUUUGAACUGACUGUGGCUUGGAUAUUUUAUUACACUUGGUUUUUAUUUUAUUUUAUGCCAUCAUGGGCCUGUACGGAUGGACUUGUUCGAUUUUGUAGUACAAGAAACCUUUUAAUUUCAACACGUUUUAUUCAAAUAUACACCCUUCUUCGAUCUCCUUUUGUACCCGGUUUGGUCUAAAUGUGUUAAGGCCUAACCGACUGAAUUGAAAGUAACCUGAUCCCAGCAUUGGGCAUGUAGCUACAUUUCUGCUAACUGCCUUCAGCGUAGGCAGCGCAACAAAAAAUAAAUACCGAAAGUUAUGAAUCAUUUUUACGAAAUACACUAAACCCCUCAAGUUUUUAGUGUAGUGAUGUACACUCCAGCAACUAAAACAAACAUGCUGAAAUGUAUGUUGGGUGAGUGCUCCCAUAGUAAAUGUCUGCAAUGGAACGUGUCAAUCUUGUUGCUGCAAUGCGUUUUAUAACACUUAUAGUAUACAAACACUUUGAAUACCAACUCCCUUUUCUAUGAAAACAAGUUAAUAAAAGCACUGGCCCUUCUAUUAGGACAAACACUUAUUUGAAAAUCGAUCAUAAUUUGGCAUCCAUUAAAGAGAUUUCUUUUUAAAAAUAGACCAAAUAUAGUCCCAGUCCAAACGUCACACGCUAUGGAUGAUGUAUAUUCCCUUUUUAUGGUCCAGGUGGUUAAUGUACCGUAGCCUGACUGCUACAUCCUGAUCCAUCCCUAAUUGGUAGGUUUAGCAUACGGAAGCAUAUGUUAUAAGAGCACUUCAGGCCUUGGCUAGCACUGUUGCUGGUUAGCAAAGCCACAGAACCCAGUGUGUAUCUAUGACGACGGUGGUGAAGACGUCUGCCACGAUGAUGAUGAAUCACAUAUUCACUGUUUUUGCCUGAAAACCUCUCAACAUGCUAUUGCAAUGUCUUCCAUCUGGCUUCUUAUGUUACUUGGCUAUGAUGCGGGGGAGUCUAUUAAAAAUCGUAAAGUCAUGAUGGAACGUAUUCAGUGUAAAUCAAGACGUUUGUCUGCACUAAUCAAGUGUUGAAUCAUUUUUAAUUGAUUAUUGAAUUCAAUAUUUUAUUGAUGGAGGUUAUGGUGCUGAUGACAAAGAAGGAAAGAUUUAGAUAAAUUCUACAUUGUCAUUUGCAACAGCUCAAUAGGUUGCGAUGCUUUUUCAUUUAUUCCCCACACAUUUGAAGUUCGACUGAUGAGGAGAAAUUACUGAGGAUACUUUUUGCUUACCAAUAAAAAAGGAAACAAAAGCAUAAAAAAAUCCAAGGGCAGAAUUCAUGGUAUCCUGGCCAACAGGACGACCCCACGCUAGAAGUUCCUUAGUCAACGCCCUUCAUACAUGGAUGUGUAUGUUUGGCACCUAUAGCAACAGUCAUUUCAUUUGACGCUUUAUUUUUCCUCCGCGUUCACCAUGGUACACACAGCUCUGACAUGAGGCCUGUCGGCCGACGCGACGUUCACAGCAAAUGUGUGCAUAAAGUAAUUGUAAACGCUGUCACCUGCACAUCAUUUCCCCUAUUCUCCUCGAGUAAACACAAUGUGCUGAUUCUGUCAUACGGUGAGAUUUCUCCAAUAAAAAGAACGAAGGAAUAUUUUGAACCUAA